AUGCGGUGUGACGUUGUUGCUUCUGAGGCGGAGGCGGUGACGACGGAUACGCUGACCAUCUUCUUAACGCUGGGCUUCUUUGCGCUGUUGCUGGUGGGGAUUGUCGUGACGCGGGUGACCCACGCGCUGUGCUUCAAGCAGUUUCGCAUCGACGAGCGCGGCCACGUAUACUAA